AAACGCAAAGCCGGAUUGAUGGACAGCGGCGUCAGCCAAUUGCAAAGAGGAGCGGCGGCCGACUGCGAGUUUCCUUCCCCCACUCUUGACAAGAAGGAGACGGGUGCCGGGCGGAUGGGUGAGGGUGACGGAGAGAGAGGGGAGCUGGGGAUGCUGCGGGUCAGCUUCUCGUUGCCUGUGAGUGAAGGGAGUCGGUGAAGGCCGGGCCCGGCUGGAGGUGUGUCGGUAGAGGGCCGUAUAGUGCAAGUUGUGCUUCCUGGGGAGCAGUGUGCAUGUGAAGCCCUUGUCAUCCCCAUCCUCAGGCCCUGACUGUCCAUGCUGGCCUGCACCCCCUGCAGCCUUUUGUCCAGCUGGUGUCAUUGUGGAUGUAAUAAGCUCCUUGUAAUCCAGCCUGUCCCCCCCUAAGGUCUGAGGGGUCACAUGGAAGGCCACCAUUGGAGGUGACAACUUCCUUACCUGGAGAUAUCAGUUGGUGAACUUUUUAUAUAGGAUUCCACGUGUGGCGAGGAGCUGAAGGUGGUCUGUGCCGCGUGUGCCGCUAUGCCAUGGCACCGGUGUUAGUGCCCCUGGAUCGCGGUGUACUCUGGGAGGUAUCCUGCCCCUAGAGGUGACUGAGGUGUGUAUGGGAGCGGGCCCCCUCCACAACUUUGCUUCCUCCCUCACCCACCCAUGAAGUGUAGUGCAUGGGCAUCGGGCACCAUACACCCAUUCUCCCCUAUGGAUCGGUUCAAUGGAGCCCCUCAGAUCUCUGCUCUCCCUGCCUGGCACUAGCAAAGCGACCAGAGGAGCGGCCAAUGCAACCGUCUUACCGGCUCCGUUGGUUUCAGAAGACGAUGAGGAUCAGGAUGACCGAGGGAGCACGCCCACUAGACAAGAGUUUUUGGAGGAGUACGAUGGUGGUGGCGGAGGGGGUGCUGUGGUCCUUCCGCCUUCGCCCUCUCUGUCCAAUCAAUUGUACUGGACUGCCGUGUUUGAUUACGAGGCCUCCGCUGAGGAUGAGCUGACCCUGCGGCUGGGGGACAUUGUCCAGGUGCUCUCCAAGGACUCGCGCGUCUCCGGCGAUGAGGGCUGGUGGACGGGGAAGAUUCAGGACAGAGUUGGUAUCUUCCCCAGCAACUACGUGACCAGGACCGAGAGCUUCUCCAGCAAACUUCAAGGGAAGCGAGUGGAGGAGUUACCUUGCUGCCCGGCCUCUGCCCUACAAUUAGAAGAAAUAGAUUUUUCAGAGAUGCUCCUGGAAGAGAUCAUUGGGAUCGGUGGCUUUGGAAAGGUGUACCGUGCUAUUUGGGGAGAGGAGGAAGUAGCUGUCAAGGCAGCACGUCACGAUCCAGAUGAAGACAUCAGCCAGACUAUUGAGAACGUCCGACAGGAAGCUAAACUCUUUGCUAUGCUUGAUCACCCCAACAUAAUUGCACUGAGGGGUGUCUGCUUGAAGGAGCCUAACUUGUGCUUAAUCAUGGAGUUUGCCCGAGGAGGAUCACUCAACAGGGUGCUUUCUGGGAAAAAGAUUCCACCAGAUAUAUUGGUGAACUGGGCAGUACAGAUUGCCAGGGGGAUGAAUUACCUGCAUGAUGAAGCCAUUGUACCUGUCAUACAUCGGGACCUAAAAUCCAGCAACAUUUUAAUUGUGGAAAUGGUAGAAAAUGGAGACCUCAGUAACAAGGUUCUAAAAAUCACAGACUUUGGCCUGGCAAGAGAAUGGCACAGGACAACAAAGAUGAGUGCGGCGGGUACCUAUGCCUGGAUGGCACCAGAGGUUAUUCGCUCCUCUAUGUUCUCUAAGGGCAGCGAUGUGUGGAGCUACGGUGUGCUGUUGUGGGAGCUGUUGACUGGGGAAGUACCAUUCCGAGGCAUUGAUGGCUUGGCAGUGGCCUAUGGUGUUGCUAUGAAUAAACUCUCUCUUCCAAUUCCAUCAACUUGCCCAGAGCCCUUUGCCAGGCUAAUGGAAGAUUGUUGGAACCCUGACCCCCACUGUCGCCCCUCAUUUACCAACAUCCUGUUCCAGCUAAUCACUAUAGAGGAAUCCGACUUCUUUGAUAUGCCCAAAGACUCAUUCCAUUCUUUGCAGGAGGACUGGAAGCAGGAGAUCCAGGAAAUGUUUGACCAGCUCAGGGCCAAAGAAAAGGAGUUGCGUAGCUGGGAGGAGGAGUUGUCCAGGGCAGCUCUAGAACAGAAGAACCAUGAGGAACUUCUGCGCAGGAGGGAGCAAGAGUUGGCAGAACGAGAGAUAGACAUCUUGGAACGUGAACUAAACAUCAUCAUUCACCAGCUCUGUCAAGAGAAGCCAAAAGUGAAAAAACGCAAAGGAAAAUUCAAGAAGAGUCGACUUAAGUUAAAAGACGGCAACAUCAUCAGUCUGCCAUCAGAUUUCCAACACAAGUUCACAGUACAGGCUUCCCCUACCAUGGACAAAAGGAAGAGCUUAAUCAGCACCAAGUUCAGCCCUCCUGCAAGUCCAACUAUUAUUCCACGGCUCCGAGCCAUUCAGUUAACACCAGGUGACUCCAACAAGACCCGGAACUGGAGCACCAGUGGCCAGAAAGAUGAAAGUGAAGACGAUGAGAAGAAGGACACAAAGAAAAAAGUUCGCUCAUGGGCGCAAACCAGUUUAUGUAGUAAAGACUCUGGUUCUGGUGAGGAUAGAGUGUCGGUGGAAAGCUCAAAGUCUUGUUCAUCAAAUACAUCAAACCAUGGGAAGCUUAUCAAAACAUCUACUGCACCUGCGUUUACCACUGUGACUGAGACAGAAGCUGAGAAUGCUGCUGAUCAAUUUGUGAAUCAGGUGGAUCUUAAAGAUUCCCAAACACCCACCCCAAACAAAUCCUACCUCUGCAUACCAUUCCAUAAAGGAGAAGAUUUGGAGGGUCAUUUUAGUGAUACCAGUGACAAUCCCACUCCAGUGAACUCUGCUACAAGCACUCCACAGCUUACUCCUACCAAUAGCCUCAAGCGUGGCUCUCAGCACAAGAAAUGCUCAAUGGUUCUUUUGGGUUGUGGUGCCCUCCUUGCCACUGUAGGACUUGGAUUUGACCUUCUGGAGGCUGGCAAAUGUAAUUUAGGUCAAGAAGAACCUGAACCAAAGGAGGAGAAGAAGAAAAAGGAAAGCCUCUUCCAGCGUGCUGCCCGUCCAAGAAGAAGCACCAGCCCACCAUCCAAAAAGCUUUUUCGUAAAGAGGAUUCACCAUCUCACCCAGCAGAACCAACAACCUCUAUCACAAUGCAGUCCCUGUCUUCCAUCUCUGAAUGUAACUCCACUCGUUCACUUCUACGCUCAGAUAGUGAUGAGAUAGUGGUGUACGAGAUGCCCACUACUCCCAUUGAAGAACAGGCACCAGUUGUCUGCAAUCCACUGGUCAAUGUUCAGGUGGAGACAUUCAAGCGAGCUCCUAACCAGUCCCUUACUCCAACCCAUGUGACUCUGAAUUCCCGAGCUCAGCAGGAACACAGAAGGACUCCCUCUGAUGGUGCAAUUAAGGUUCCAGUCAUUGCAAAUGGGACUUCAUCCAGUAAUUGUUUAGCAAGCUCUGCGGGUUCAAGUAUUGUGUCCCCAAACAGAGAUCCACGUGAAGUCCCUCGUCUUCCUGACCCCAAUUUAGUUUUCCCUCCAACACCCCGGCGCUGGAAUAUACAAGAAGAUUCUGCACUGGAAAGACCCAAAACAUUGGAGUUUGUCCCGAGACCUCGGCCUUCCACCAACAGACAAAGACUUGACUCAUGGUGGUUUGUAUCUCCGAGCAGGAACCGAGGAGAAUCGCCAGCUAACAGCUCAUGCACUGAAACCCCCAGCAACAUGGACUCCUGUUUUGCCAGCAGCAGUGGAAGCACCGUGGAAGAAAGGCCCGGCUUCUCUAGCUUCAUUCCCUUCCACGUGGCACAACCAGUAGGCGAACGGACAUUACUGGAUGUGGAUGUUGAAGGCCAGAGUCAAGAUAGCACUGUCCCGCUAUGCAGAACCAAACUUAAAACCUUCAAAACUACAACCUGUGAACAAAAACAAGAGUUCUGGUCUUAAACCGGCAUGUAUUUGCACUGAAUGCACUUUGAGGAUUCAAAAGAUCACUGGAAGGCAAUAUGAGAUUUAGUCAUUAUGCUGCUUGUGCUGAUUAUCCUUAAAUCUGCCUUUUCAUUUCCUAAAGACACUGCAAUACUCAAAAGUCAAACGUCUACAAUCCCCAAGAGCUCCUUAUCGGAUGCACGGAGUUCAGUUUGCCUUUUCUGGGGAAGAAUUCCUUGUUGGAUUAAAAACGAGCAUCCAUAUCCAGCAUUUAAUUGUCCUGCUGUCAUAUAUGUAAACUCCAUUCCUUUACUUCUCAUUCCAAAAGAAUCUACUAGAGCCACUGUUCAAUGCUGUGUUCAUUUUUUCUUUCAACUAAAGUGUCGGCAAAAGGCCUUUCUGAUAUAUGCAAUGGGACGUAUGGUCCCUAGUUUUAUGGCUUCUGAACAAGUCAUUUCUAAUGGUGAUUUGUGGGUUUUGUUUUCCUCAAGUCUCAUACACUGAAUUGUCCCAUUUGUUAUGUAUUCAUGCCUGAAGCAAUGCCAAAAGCUAUAAACAAAUGUACACUGGA